GGCGUAUAACUGCAAGUCACUCUGGGUCAGGUCUGCUGAGAAGUUGGAGUUGGAAUUCCUCGAAUUUUCAUUUGGACGAUGUUUUGGAUUCGUCGUAUACAGAUGCAGAUCACGUUCCAUUGUAUUCGUUAGAUAGCUUUUCUUCAGAUCAAGUUGAUGUAUGUGAUUUGUGUAUUAGUACUUUUAAAGAUAGUCAAAUUUCUUACCAUGAAAUUCGAAUAUAGUAGAAAAUGUAUUUUUUUAUAUAUAUUGGUUUUUUACCCAUAUAACAGCCUGUUUCAUGGUGGAUGACAAAUUUCGAAAAAUUGGCUGCUUAAAUGUUUACGGUCGGAAACGUGCAUGGGCGUCAAACAAUAAAUGCAUUCCUUCCAUUGUUAUCGUUGUUUACUAGGAAUUUCUUUUUAUGAUCGAAACUAUUUUCUUUUCAGGUCGAAACUAUUUCCUAUUUUUUGUUAAGUGAAAAUUGUUUAUUUUUUCCUUCAUAAUACAUAGAUUUUCCUCUAAACACCAAUUACAUCUUUUUUAUCCUCCCGUGUAAGAAACAACGCGUUUUAGUAUUGACAAAGUUAUGCCGGAAUCUUGUUUGUUUUCUUUUGAUUUCCAAAUAUAUUUCGAAAGUUCUGUAUCACUUGGGUGUUUUUUGUGAUUGAAAGACCUAAUUUGGUUCCGGCGUCGCUGUUUAAAUGUGGUUGCUGUCAAUGUAGUGCUUCAUGCCUAUUGUGAUAGUAUAAAAGGCAACUGUCACAACACGUAACACAAACAGCGUAAUUAAAGCAUAACAUUGGCAUGACAGCAACAGAUGAGAUAAUUUUCCCAAUGUUUGUUUUAACCGCACAGGAAGCAAGAGAUGUGUGCACGGCAAACGGCUUGGAGACCACGCUGCUGAAUAACUGUGUUUUCGAUAUUUUGGCGACAAACGACACUUCAUUCGCAGACCAACAAUCCUUAAAAAUUGGUAAACAAAUCUAAUUAUUAGUAUUUAUCAUUAGAUUAGUAUUUAAAUCUUAAACAAGGCACGGGGAACAAAUAAUGUGCGUGCAUUAUUUCCAGUGCGAAUUCACAAUUAUAAUCUUGAGGCUGGUAUGUAAGCUGCAUUGUUUCAUACUCGUAUUUUUGGAUUAUAUAUUUUUACAAGAUAACUUCUUCAUUUUGUUUCCAAAUUACCCUGGUCGCGCAUCUUCCUUUAAUUUAUGAUAACUUUUGUAGGUUGCCCCAAUGACUGUACAGGGAAAGGUCUUUGCAAGAAUGAAACGUGCACAUGUCUUGAUGGUUGGUCUGGUGAUGAUUGUUCUAUUGGUAGUUGCGGGAACUGCUCACGUGGCUCCUGUGUUGAAGGCUUCUGUCAGUGUGAUAUUGGAUGGGAAGGUGCUGAAUGUGAUAAGAAAGCGACAUGUUUUGUUGUCGAUAACUGUACGUCAGAAGUUCAUGGAUCGUGCAAAACAACGGAUGUGUGUGAAUGCAAUGUAGGCUAUACAGGUAAUAAAAACUAACUCACGAUUUUCCAUUGUUUAUUUUUACAAGGUUUAUUUUUGCGACAAUUUCAAUUUGGGACAAACUUAACCUGCGAUCAGGCUCUAUUUUACAAAUAAUAGCCUGACACAAUCCUUGAUCCGAUCGCUUUCCAUCCACAGCAAAGUUUAUAUUUAGUAUCCAAUCAAAAUGUCGCAGGAGAAAUUUAAAUUUCACACAACGACAACAACAAUCUAAUUAUAGUUGUGAUCACUAUAGAUAUAUCAACGACAAUAUAUAAUGUAAUAAGCACCAACCAAUCAAAUGACAGAUUAAAAAAUUAUUUGUCUCAUAAACCAAUCAGAUUACAACCGAAAUACGGUUGUAAAAACAUGGACUUUUGUUGAGAUUUGUAUCAGGCCUAUAUUUAUUUAUUUAUAGGCCUGAUCGCAGUCGACAUCCAUGCAAGUCGACAUCCGCACAUUGGGACAAAUCACAGUUUAUAGACUAAGACAAUAAAUGUAGUAUAAACAAAAUGGCGGCUGGUCACUAGCCUACUUAUUGAGCUCCGUUGUCCUGCCGGUUUUCAUGCGAUUCAUAAUGAAUCCAUAUCUAGCAAACAACGUUAAUAGUCAAACUGAGGAUGUUUUCUACUAAUUUUGGAAAAUAUGUAAGCCAACUUUUACCGACAGCCUGCAAACCCAAGCCCAUAUCAACAAGUGUUCAACAGCCUAUAAGGCAGAAUGAUAUCAAAUGUAUUGUUACGAAUGCGAGAAGUUUGAAAAGUUUUAAUAGGAUUCAAGACCAGGACGGGCAGAGUAAACAAGUCUAUAAUCUACAUCGCCUUCAAAACCUCGUCUACACUGAGGACUCUGACAUCGUCUGUGUAUAAACGAGACAUGGCUUAACAACAGUAUUAACAACUCUGAAAUCCUGCACAAUGGAUAUAUUAUUUACAGAAUGGACAAAGUGACAAACUAGAGCAGAGAGCUGGGGAAGUAUUGAUUGCAAUUAAAAGCAUUCAAAUGUGUAUGUGAACUUCCGCUUCCUGAUGACCUAAAGGAACUUGAGGUUGUUUCAUCGACAUCGUUGGUUACUACGUCCACCGAUCAGAAAAUCCUGUUUUGUUCUUGCUAUAUAGCUGAAGUUAUAGCCAGAGCAAAAGAAAAGAUUGGGGCACAUUGCAGUUAAAUUAGUUCAUAUAUAGUCAUAUUUGACAUCAUAAUUGUGCACAUUGAAUAUUUUUACCACAUCCAAAACAGCAGCAUGUUGAAUAUUAUGCUAAAUCAGGCUGCACUGUGCAAUAUUCUUAAUCAUGUUGCAUUUCAUGAAACAAUUGUAAGGAUUGUUCUAACUAUUGGUUUUUGAGUUAAGCUUUCGAAUAAUUCUGUCUUGUUCUAUAAUAUUAUAUACAAGUAAAAAAUGAUAUACACAAAAACUUUUGUAUUGUUUCAUGACUUUCAUGCAUGACUCAAAAUAAUAACAUACGUUCUGAUGCGAGAUCCAUCAGUUGGAAGAGCAUACGAGAUCCAUCAGUUGGAAGAGCAUUGGGCUAGUAUUCCAAAGGUCGUAGGUUCGAAUCCCACCGUGGCCGGGCAUAUUUUUCAAGCUCGCCCGGUGUGGAUAUGCACUCGAGUAACAUCACAAUCAUAUUAUUCACCUGAGUACACAACACCAGCACAGAAAAAAAAAAUUCAAAAUGCACUUGUUAGCAUUUACAAAUUACACUUGCUUUAAUUGUUCACCGAAUUUGUCGUCUAGUUAUACGCUCUCGAUCAAAUGCUUGUCCAGAUUCAUAUCCAGAUUCAAGGCGUGUUCCAUGAUAUUAAUAUUAUACGAGGACAUAGCCUCCUCCGCAGGCAUCUCACCCGACGAAUCGGGUGGUGGGAAAAUAUUAUACGAGAAUAAAGUACUGAGCUGUAUUAGUGACACAAAUUUUUGCAUAGUACCUUAAUAAUGAACGGAAUGAACUUCGUUUUUUUCCUAUUAAUUUUCGUAUUUUAUAAAUCUCGUUAUAAAUACAACAAAAAGCUACUUUGAUAAGCCACAACGCCCGCUCGAUUUACUAUAAUAGUAUAGGUGUUCAUGCAGUUCCGGGGUUCAUUGCUUCCGGGGAGCAGUUGAAAGUCUGCCCGAAUUUUUAUGCAGGGUUGUAAUGAAAUAACCUGGGGCCGGUUGUUCGGUCGUUUAUGAAAUGUGUGAAUCUGUUAUUUAAUUUUGACUUAUCCACCGUUUAAGCUAAAUGGGCUUCGAACAACCGCGGCGCCAGAAUUUAGUGUAUCUUCUGUUAAAUCUACCCGAAUUUUAUGGAAUGUUCCUAGCAUUUGCCUGAAUUUCCAUGGUUUUCUAGGGGGGGGCAACUGCCCCUCUACCUGGUACGCCGAUAUAAUAGCAAAGUGAUCACAGUCCGUCUGUUAUACACGUCGUCGGUACAUUAUCUCCACUGUAAUAACCUUUUCUUAAACAGUCCUUUUCUUUUUCAGGUUUGAAUUGUAGUAUUAUAACAAACUGCAAUAAUGUUCUUAAUUGUUCGUCAAAUGGAGAUUGUGUCGAUAUGGAUGUGUGUAAAUGUCACACUGGAUAUAGUGGAUCUGCAUGUAACGAGACCUCGUGCGAAUCUCUCGGAUAUUGUUCAGGUAUACCUUUAAUUUAUUUUCAAAAUUUGUUUUAGAUACUGAAUUGAAAACUACAAACUUAUCAUGGUAAUUACUAUGUAUACUUAUGUAUUGUAUACUAUAGUCUCAUGAUA